AUGUUCGAGUCAAUCCCCCACCUCCAGGUAGAGUACCUGUCAGAAGCCCCUAUCUUUGACCCAAUGGACAACAAGCCUACACUCCUCACGGAACUCACAAAGCGCCGGAAAGCCAUGCCAUCUGCGGAUGUGCGAGGCAUUGACGACCUUAAUCUUCUCUCUGAGGGCUUCUUGAAAACUUCAAAUCACUUACACACAUGUUUAGUUUUUCGUUAUUUUGCCUCGGGUUCUUGUGACGAACAGCGUGCCACUAUUCGCAUCCGUGCAAAGGAGCGUCAGCCUACCACCCCUACAAGGACUCGUUUAGCAGUUCCUUUCUAUCACCGGAUGUCCCGAACGACACAGCGAUAA